AUGAUGAAAGAUAAUCAAAAAAUUAAUUGUCAUUGUUGUGGUUAUAGAAAUCAUACAUUUCAUAGAUGUAAUCAUGUAUUUUAUGUACCAAAUUUUAAAGAAUUAAUACUUUUACAUAACACAUUUGAACCUAAUAAUAGAAUGAAUUAUUUUAGAAGUAAUGGUAGAAAUAGAAUAAAUGCGUUAAUGAAUAAAAACCUUAUUUGCAUCACAGGGAUUAGUUAUGCCAUAAUUAAUCAAAUAGCUCAUGAAGUAGAUUUAACAAAUGAAGUAAUGGGUAGAUUUUAGGGAACCUUAAGUAAUUUUGAAGAUUCUAUUUUAAAUGAUUAUUAAGAAGAGAGAUCUUCUAGAUAAUCAAUGUAAUAAAGACAUAGUAUAUUUGACGUUCCUAAAAGUUAUAAUUAAGCAUAAGAUACUUAUAACAGUUAGACCUAUUUUUAGAGUAGCAUUCCAGUUUUAAAAAUAGAAGAGAAAGAAGCAUCAUAAAAUAGUAGAAAAUAUAUUCAUAAACAUUUGGAUUAUAGUGCAACCAAUAAUUCUAUUAAACCAAAUUUAGUUAAGUCAUAAAUUUCAAAUGAAUUGUAAAUUAAACGAACUCAAAAAAUUAAAUAAUCAAAUUCAAGUUGUUCAUUAAACAAGAAAUCUGGAUUUGAAAUUUCAGGAACAUGUUAAGUAGGUUCUACAAUUCCAUUAUAACAAAUAUAUAUAGAUGAUUUUGAUUAAGUAUGCAAUUAUGAAUGUUAUUAUCCUUCAUUUAAUAUCGAAUAUAUAGCUAAAUCUUUAAAUCAUAAAUUAAUGCCCAAAUACAUGCACUUUGUCAAUUGA